AUGAAAGUGUUCGCCAUCUUAGCCACCACUUCCUUGCUCUUCGUGAACUGCGCUUGGGCCGCGCCAAGUGUACAAGAUAAUCGUGUCGAAGGUGAAAAUGGCGGCUCAUUGGCGCUUGCCGCCCGCUACCUUGGCAGUUGCUUCGAAGCUGAGGAUAUGACCACUUGUUUUGCCGUCAAGGGUAUUACGGCAUUGAACCGCGCGGCUAGGAGCAAUAACAUCGAACUCGUCAAUGGCAUUUCGUUCAAAAGAGAUUCCACUUCUACCGUGGCACGCAGCAGUAAAGCUUUGAGCGAAAAUGAAAUAUAUGCGCAAUUACCGGAAAAUGCUGAAGAACGCAGCGGACGCUUAGUCGACAUUGCUAUGCAGAACGCUGCUGAUUUCUUGGGCUCCCACAGUUUGGAAGUGAAAAUUCCCGCUGAAGCUACUCAAGAUAUGGCACGCGCACUCGAUGAAGGCCGUGGUAAAUUGAAGAAGAUGUUGGGUCCGAUUGCUAUCGCUGUUGGUGCCAAACUCUUUGCUGUCAUACCCAUUGUGCUCGGAGCUUUGGCUCUGCUUACCACCAAAGCUGUGAUUGUUGCCAAAAUCGCUUUGUUGUUGGCUCUGAUUGUCAGUGGCUCACGCUUCUUCGGUGGUCUGGGCAAUAAGUUCGGUGGUGCUCUUGGUAGUGGCUACAAUGCGGCUGGUUGGUCAGGUGGCAACUCUGCUGGUUGGUCUUCGGGCGCUGCGUCAUCUUAUCCAUAUGCCCGCAGCUUGGAUGCCCAACAAUUGGCUUACAGUGAACAAGCGCCCGCAAUCAACGACGAAGAAGCUGAAGAGCUACAGCUCUAA